CGACAAGGCGGGAGGGGUAGGAUGGGCGCGAGCGUUGAGUGGGGGUCUCCUCAGCGUCCAGAGGACAGGAGGAAAAAGACAAAAAGCUGACUAUCUGGAGCAGCUAUAUGACGUAGAUGACAAAGAACACAGACAGGGAGAAUGUCGCAGAAGAAGAUCUUCCUGGCCUUCACGGUUGUUACCAUGGUGACUCUGUUGCUGCACAGUGGCGGCCAUUGGAGCAGGACUAUGCAGGAUCUCCACGCAAUCUGUCCUGCCCUGUCCUCUAAUCGCCCAGCGGGCCUGAAAAUGAAGCACACCAACGUGGCGUUCCUAAAAACCCACAAGACGGCCAGCACCACCAUGCAAAACCUUCUGUUUCGCUUCGCAGAGCGCAACAACCUGACGGUGGCGCUGCCCGGCCGGGCAUGCAGUCACCAGUUCUGCUACCCACGUCUUUUCAGCGCUCACUUUGUGCAUCCCCACACGCUUCCGCCAAACAUCAUCAGCAGUCACAUGCGCUUCAGGAAGGCGGAGCUGCACCGCCUCAUGCCCAAUGACACCAUCUACAUCACCAUACUGAGGGAACCGGCCGCUAUGUUUGAGUCCUUGUUCAGCUACUACAACCAGCACUGUGAGAGCUUUAAGGCCGCCAAUGGCUCUCUAGAGUCCUUUUUGGAGCAGCCUUGGCACUACUACCGCCCUCAGGACAAGCGCUCCAUGUACGCCCGCAACACGGUGACAUUUGACUUGGGUGGGGACAAGGACCACGCCUCUACAGACGCGGCGUAUGCACAAUUCUUGGUAGAUGAGGUGGAGCGCGUCUUUUCCUUGGUGAUGAUUGCUGAGCACUUUGACGAGUCGCUUGUUCUGCUGCGUCACCUUCUCUCCUGGGACCUCGACGAUAUUGCGUAUGUGAAGCUCAACAUGCGCACGGCCAGCUCCAAACACCAGCUCACCCCAGGCCUCUCUGCUAAAAUCCGGACAUGGAAUUGGUUAGACGCACGCCUCUAUGACCAUUUCAACUCCUCAUUGUGGCACCGGUUGUCAGUUUUGGGCCCGGCCUGCGUGGCCCGGGAGGUUCGCCUCCUCCGGGUAGCCCAGGAGAGGUUGCUCCAGAGUUGUUUCGGUGGGCGUAGUCCUCUCUUUCGCCCAGCAGCGCAAAUAGAGUACAAGGAGCUGCGGCCCUGGCAACCCAGUGCCAAAGUGGAGAUAGUGGGCUACGACCUUCCCACCAACCUGAGCCGUGGAUUCUCCAGCUCUGCCUACGAACCCUGCCUGAAGCUUAUUAUGCCUGAGGUUCAGUACACCAAGGUCUUGCUUCGUUCCCAAUCAAUUCGCUACCGUCAGAGCCACCAGCCGUGACUUUCGCUGCAGUCUCAGAUGGGCUGAUCACAGUCAAGACCUCUAGAGAACCAAGCCUCGUAGAGGACCCUGCGGGAUUGAACAGAGACUAUGCCCACCCAGACCCAUGGGACAACACUGCUCGGACACAAGCUGGGCAGAUGGGUGCACAAAGUGUCGUGCUCCUUGGAUAGUGUUGAAUAAGGCAGGGGUCUUGGGAAGAGUCUCCCUACUUUCUGUGCCUCCUUCCAUCUUAUGUUUGGUCUCCAGCUGCCCCUUAUUCUGACUCAUAGAAACAUCAGCUGACAUGUCACAUGAGUCACGUCCAGUGUUAGGAAAAAUGGCGCUAUAAAAUAAUGGCGUUACUGACAUUGUUACUUUUACCAGUAACGAGUAAUCUAAUUAUGGUAUUUACUUGUAUGUACUUUACUACGCCGUAACAGAUGCCUUUAAUGUAAGGUGGUACACUACUUUCGAUGUGGCUGCAUGUCAACAAGAUAGCCUCAGAAGCACAGCAAGUUAAAUGCAGGAAGUAACUUUUUAGUAAUAAAAGCAACAACCUGCACCACACUAAAAUUAACUUGGUAUUAAAUAGGAGGGGGGACAAAGCAAACAACAUGCAGGCUAAGUAAACACCCACACACACACACAUACACACACUCCCACAACUGCCAUGAGGGAAAAAUGAGCAAUGAUUGAUGUGACAAACUUGCCAUCCGUUUGUGGACAAGGAGAAAAAACAGCCAUUGAAGCACAUUUAAUCUCUUUAUUACUUAGCACUAACACAAUCCAGUGAAAUGAUUUAACAUAGCUGCCGGCCCUGCAUGUAAACUACCGCUGCUACGUUUAUGAACACAGCUAAGUUAAAAUGCUGCUCAGUGCAUGCUGUCGCUGACGUCACACAUCACUUGGCAACAGGUACACAAGCUCACACACUCCGCCCUCAUAAAUUGUCUCUGAACUGCAAAUGCCAGAUAUUUCGAGUUUUUGUUUUUUUAAGUAACACUUUUAUUACUUUCUGUAAUAAUUAAUAAAAUUAAUUUAAAACAAAUAUUGUUAGUAAAUCAAAUACUUUUUGGUAAAGUAACAAGAAACUAUAAUUCAUUACUUUUAGAAAGUAUUUUUUCUGAACACUGGUCACAUCCACAACCAGAAGGUUGAAGAGGAACUGCACUUUUUGGGGGAAUUUUAGCAAUCCUUAUGUU